AUGGCAACCAUCGGCAGGACCCCGACACCCGCGGCAGCUGCCGUUCUUGCCUUGCUUAUCGCAGCUGCGGUCGUUGCGCCGGCAUCUGGUAGCACGCUGACUGCCUUCUCUGGACCUGGGUGCGCUGGGAGAACCAUGGACGCCACUGGCUGCGGGUGCUUCCGCCUUACUGGUUACCAGGAAGGGUACCACUUCGUCUUCACCGAGGGCCAGAAGGCAAGGCUUUACACCGGCUCCCACUGCGACGGUUCCUCCUUCGGCCUCAGCAAGGAGACCCGCUUCUGCGGCCAUUACGAUUUCAUGAGCAUCCGCAUCUGCUGA